UAUAAGUAAAUCCUGUUAAUGUGCCCUGCAUCAGUUCUAGAGCCCGGACUGCUGUGAUUGUGCCAACAAUGCACAGGAACCUCUGAAACUUGUGCUUUUCCAAAAAGAUUCUUUUGUAACACUGCAUGUUUUUUGGGGUGUGCUAACUCUGCUCCACUGGUCAGAAAGACAUACAGAACAAGAUACUUUGUAUCCCUUAAAGUCAUAUUUUUUUUAUUUCCACCAAAGAUGUUUACAGAAGAUUGAUAUUGGUGAUUGCAGCAGCCAGUACCAGGUUCUAGAGAAGAUCCCUUUGCAGAAAUUCCACAAUGAAGAUUUUGGUGGCAAUCUGUAUACUUCAUGCUUCUUUUGGGGUUGUUUAUCCAGCACAGACAUUCCAAACCUUGUCCCAUUUAAAGCCACAGAAAAGUGAUGCUGUGCAGGCUCAAGCAGUGACUGAUCUGCUGAAACGUUUGAUUGGGGACAGGGCUAAUGGAUUUGUUGUGAAGGUGAACAGCCACUUGGCUGCUGAUGGACUGGACACCUACCAGCUGAGUUCACUGCCAAGUGGCCAAAUUUCAGUUGUGGGAAGCAGUGGGGUGGCAGCAGCCACAGGGUGCUACAAUUACUUGAAAUAUUACUGUGGGUGCCACAUCUCUUGGUCUGGAGUCCAGCUGAACUUACCACCUGUCCUUCCUCCAAUAUCAUCACCAGUUACUGUCAAAACACCAAACAGGUUUCGCUACUAUCAAAAUGUCUGUACCUCAAGUUAUUCCUUUGUGUGGUGGAACUGGACUCGAUGGGAGAAGGAAAUCGACUGGAUGGCCCUCAAUGGCAUCAACAUGCCCCUUGCAUUUACUGGUCAAGAAGCAAUUUGGCAACGGGUGUAUUUGACUUUGGGUCUGACCCAGUCAGAAAUUGAUGACUUCUUCACUGGACCAGCUUUUCUGGCUUGGGGACGAAUGGGAAAUAUUCACACUUGGGCAGGACCUCUGUCUUCUUCCUGGAUGAGCAACCAGUUGUCCUUGCAGCACAAGAUUCUAGACAGAAUGAGGUCCCUAGGAAUGAUCGCAGUAUUACCAGCAUUUGCUGGUCAUGUGCCACAGGGUAUUGUAAGAGUAUUCCCUAAAGUAAACUACACUAAGCUUGGAGCAUGGAGCCGUUUCAAUUGCACAUAUUCCUGCAGCUAUGUUCUGGAUCCUGAAGAUCCAGUUUUCCAGAAUGUAGGAGGACUCUUCUUAAAGGAGAUGAUUCAAGAAUUUGGGACAGACCACAUCUACAAUGCAGAUACCUUCAAUGAGAUGAAUCCCACCUCUUCUGACCCAGCCUACUUAUCGGCAAUCAGUAGUGCAAUAUUUAAAUCGAUGACAAACGUGGAUCCUGAUGCCAUUUGGCUGAUGCAGGGCUGGCUGUUUGCUAACUGUCCAUCAUUUUGGAAGCCGACACAGAUUCGAGCUUUGCUCCAUGGCGCACCUAUUGGUAGGCUCAUCGUAUUGGAUUUAUAUGCAGAAACCUUACCAGUUUACCAAAACACAGAGUCUUUCUAUGGGCAACCAUUUAUCUGGUGCAUGCUCCAUAAUUUUGGAGGAAAUCAUGGAUUAUUUGGCAAAGUUGAAAGUGUCAAUAAAGGACCAUUUGAUGCCAUGUCCUUCAAAAACUCUACCAUGGUUGGAACAGGACUGGCCCCAGAAGGCAUAGAGCAGAAUGAUAUGCUGUAUGAGCUAAUGAAUGACAUUGGGUGGAGUUCCAAACCCCUUGACUUGACACAGUGGAUCACCAGUUAUGCCGACAGACGUUAUGGCCAGCAAAACGCUAAUGCAAGGGAAGCAUGGCAGAUUCUUCUUAAGAGUGUUUAUAAUUGUACCAGGUAUUUUGUUGACCAAAACCAUAGCCCACUGGUUCGAAGGCCGUGUUUGAAUAUGAACACUGAUAUUUGCUAUAAGGAAAAUGAUCUGUUUGAAGCUUGGAGACUGAUGCACGAAGCAUCAUCAUCACUGGCAAACAGUGAAACCUUUCUCUAUGAUCUUGUAGAUGUCACUAGAGAGGCCAUGCAGCAGUUAGUAACUGCAUACUAUAUUGAAAUCAAGUAUGCAUAUGAGCAUAACAUAUUGGGAAUGCUUAUGAGUGCUGGUGGUGUCCUGGUUUAUGAUCUUCUGCCUGAACUUGAUGCUCUCCUUUCUAGUCAACCUCAGUUCUUGCUUGGACGUUGGCUGGAAGCAGCAAAUUCUAUGGCAUCCACCAAAGAAGAAGCUGUGUUGUAUAACAUGAACGCUCUCAAUCAACUCACUUUAUGGGGUCCGGAUGCUGACAUCCUGGACUAUGCCAACAAGCAGUACGGUGGACUGAUUGAAGAUUAUUAUAAGGAGCGCUGGACCCUCUUUCUGUGGUUCCUCAUAGAGAGUCUCAACACAGGGAUUCCAAUUAGUGAUCUGAAAUACAAUGAAGCCGUCUUUAUGGUGGAAAAAGAAUUCAUAUACAAUAAAAAGAUCUAUAGCUCGAGCCCCAAAGGAGACACCAUAGAAAUUGCCAACAACAUUUUUCUCAAGUAUUUCCCUCAUUUCAUGAAAGCAGGUCAUGGUAGAUGGAGUAAGAAAAUGAAGCUGCUGAAAAACAUUAAACUUGGCUUUUUCUAAGUUCUAUGCUAUGUUAAUUCUUUCAAAGAUGCAGAUGAAGCACAUCUCCCCAAUCUAUAGCAGUAGAUGUUCAUUUUAUUAUUAUUUGAUGGUUUGCACUAAAACUCUUUUAAGCUCUUUUUGCUCUUUGAGGGUAUACAGUUGUACUAGGGGCUUAAAUUGUAUUUGUGAUCAACAUGACAUACAUGUUAAUGUUAAAUAUUUGGGAAUUACGGGAAAUCUUUUUGAUCAUAUAUUGACCAUAUUUGCGUUUUUGGGCACCUUAAAGAAAUACUGACCUAGAAUAAGUUAAUUGAGUUUUAAUUCAUGUUGAAGUGGAACUAUAAAAUCUCAGGGUUUUUCAAAAUACGUAUUUCUGAUGUUGGAAAAAUUCGAUAUAGAAAUGCACACUGCUGUAUUUACCUCUAGAACUGAGCACCUUGAUCUUGGUUCCCUGUCAAACAUCGUUAUAGUUAUAGUUACUUGGGCUAAAUAGAGACAUGUCCAUCAAGUACAGCCUUCUUUACAUCUGUAUUUUGCUGUUGAUCCAAAAGAAGGCAAAAAAAAAAGUUUGUCAGUGGUUUACUAACGCAUAACAUAGUCAUCCUUCACUGAAACGCUACGCACUCCCUCCCUCAAGUUACCUACUGGAAAUAAAUGAUCUUAUAUUUGAAUAACAACUGAAAAAAAAACAAAAAAAAAACACUUGGAGAACAUACUGGCGGAACGUAACUGAGGGUCGGACCCAAAUGUGACCAAAGCUAUUGAAAUUGUAUUACUGACUUGUUGACUCCCACUCUUUUUUUCUG